UCAUGCUGCUGCCAGGUCCAGAGUGUGUCAUGGGUCCCUGUACGGCCUCCCAUUGCUGCUGUCUCCAUCGCCACACUCUGCCAUGUGCCACUUUCAGGUCUCCUCACACUGCUGGUGGGUUCCAUUUUGUCAUAGGGUGCUGGCAGAUUACGGGCCUCCCAUUGCUGCUGCCAGGCCCGUAAUCUGUCAUGGGCCCCUGUACCGCCUCCUCAUGCUGCUGCCAGGUCCAGAGUGUAUCAUGGGUCCCUGUACGGCCUCCCAUUGCUGCUGUCUCCAUCGCCACACUCUGCCAUGUGCCCCUUUCCACUUUCAGGUCUCCUCACACUGCUGGUGGGUUCCAUUUUUU